AUGAUAUUGAAAAACAGUAGAACACUUCCAGGUUAAAAUCAUAAAAAGAAAAUGAAAAUAAACUAAGAUAGUCUUUCAAUUAAAAAAAAUCUAUGUAAUUAAAAUGAUUGGCAUCUAUUUGGUAUAUUUGAUGGACAUGGAUAAAGUGGACAUUUAGUAUCAUAAUUUGUAUCAAGACAGUUGCUAAAAGCCAUAGAAAAUUAGCUUGUACAAAAUAAUAUCAAUAAUCCUAAUUAUUUUUCAUAAUCAUUGUAAAUUGCUUUUUAACAAGUUGAAAACGAUUUAGUAAUAAUUUAAUAUAAUUUAGGUAGAUAAAACAACUAUUGCAUGUAAUUUUAGUGGUUCUACUGGAGUUGUUAUUUUGUUGAUUGGAUAAAGAAUUUAUUGUGCAAAUGUUGGAGACUCAAGGGCUGUUUAUUUUUAUAAAUCUUAAGAUCUAUGGUACAAUAGACCAUUAUCUUAUGAUCAUAAACCUAAUAAGACUUUUGAAUAUAAAAGAAUUAUAAGAUUUGGAGGAAGAGUUGAAUAAAGUUUAAUUGAUGGAAAAAGAUAAGGUGCAUUUAGAGUUUGGCUGGCUAAUGAAGAUAUACCAGGUUUGGCAAUGUCAAGAUCAUUUGGUGAUAUAGCAGCAAAAUCAGUAGGAGUUAUUGCUGAUCCUGAAAUUUUAAGAUAUAAAAUAUAAAAUAACGGAUUUAUUUUAUUAGCAAGUGAUGGGUUGUGGGAUAAAAUGGAUUUUGAAAAUAUCUAAAAGAUAUUAGAUUAACUUGAUCCUCCUUUUACUCAAUUAGAUAUAGAUUUGGUAGUAUAAAAACUUUUAGGGGAAACCUAAUAAAAAUGGGAUCAACAAGAUAGUGGUAGAGAUGACAUUACUUUGAUAUUGGUGCAUGUUUAAAUUUGA